AGAGCACAAACCUGCGCCUUGCGGCCAGUGAUUUCCAUGGCAUGAUAACUGGACGCUGAUGGAGAUAUAUAUGAUAGAUCCAACCUCCUGCUACCCUCUCUUCCCCAUUCUACUCGUAAUAACCGCCAGCACUUCCAUUCACUAAGCGGAGUACUUACUUGCGGAGGCUUAACGGAGCAUCAACACACCACACAACGAUAAGCAUGCGCUUCUCAGCGAUCGUCCCGAUAGCUCUGUCUAUCGCGGCCUUCAUACUUUCUAUGCUAGUGCUGUUUGCCGGUAGGAAUAAUGGGUUCCUGGGCGACACUUAUGUCACUAAGAUCGAUACUUCAAACCUCAACGUUUCAAACACUGGCAUCAGCGCACUCGACAAUAUCCUCGACUCAGCCGCCCAGGACAUCGUUAAUACCACUGCCUCUCGCCUCGGUUUGCACGAUUUCUACAAGGUCUUUAUUAUGAACUACUGCGAAGGCGAGCGCGAUUCCAACGACAAUGAGCGGAUUACAAACUGCACUAAGCAGAAGGGGAUGUUCACCUUCAAUCCUGUCGGUGUUUUCGAGAGGGAGUUGUUGCAAGGCGUGACGUUGCGGGACCUGGGUGUCAAUACUCAGGACCUCGACACCGCUAUCAAUGUCUUGAAAGUUGCGUACAGGACUAUGUUUGUCACGUACUGCAUUGGAAUUACCGCUGCCGGCAUCGCUAUUAUUCUCGGAUUCCUAGGAUUUAUUGAGAGUAGGCUUAUCGCAUGCUCUAAUUGGAUGUUCGCUGUGAUAUCCUUCCUAUUCCUCGGUGUUGCAUCGGGAAUCGGAACUACCACUGGCGUCAAAAUUCGUGACGCGAUAAAUCGUGAGAUGGGAGGAAUUGGUGUUCGAGCCUACAUUUCGAAACGGUACCUCGGUAUGACAUGGGCUGCCGUUAUCUGCAUGCUCAUUGUCACAUUCUUCUGGUGUGGAGCUUGCUUCUCCAGGAGAAAGAACCGAACCCACCACAAGAGUGCCGAUGAAAACCAAUUGGCUGGGUCCGGGCCUGUCGGGAAGAAAAAGAGGUCCUGGAGGAGAUGGGGCCAUUAGAGAGGGGUAGCAUGAUUUUGGGUACCGGUAGUGCGCGAUGGAUAAUGAACGUUCCCCUCAUUAAUGUAUUUGUAUAAGUUUUCCGAGAGCAGGACUGUUUUGUCUUAUCA